UUUGACUCUAUGUUUUGGGGGUUAUGGCUUUUAAAAUUGUGCUCUCUCAUAAGUUUACACAAAAAUAUUCCUCUCCCAUUACCAAAAAUGAGGAAGCGUCAAGUUGUAGUUAGAAGGGAAGAAAGCUCAAGAGACAUCGUGGCUUCAUCUUUGACAGUAAGGAGUGUUAGAUAUGGGGAGUGCCAAAAGAACCAUGCCGCUGGCGUCGGAGGGUAUGCUGUCGACGGGUGUCGGGAAUUCAUGGCGAGCGGCGACGAAGGGACGACCGCUGCACUCAAUUGUGCUGCCUGUGGUUGUCACCGGAACUUCCAUAGAAGACAAGUAGGAACUGAGGUUGUGUGUGAUUGUUCUUCAUCUCCCUCAAAUGGAGCUUGAUUAUGUAUUUUGCUUUUGUUUUGAAUUAUUUCCAUCAUAUCUCUUUUAAUUUGAAUUAUGUGUUUAUGGCAGAAUUUGUUUGGUAAUAUUGCUUUAAUAUUCAAUGUGGAAGGCCCACACAUCUAAUCAUGUUGGUUGUUGUAGUGGAAACUUUGUUUAACAAUGUACUUAAAAGUUGAUUAAA